AUGGUUUCUCUGCGCUUCCCGUUCUUGUUUUCUCAGCCCUCAAAGCAACCACCCACCACCGCCUCCAAUGUGUCCUCCCGCUCCUUCUCCGCCUCUGUCAUCGCGUGCUCAGUUGCCGUCGCCGGUGCCGUAAUCACUGCUGGUGUGGGCAUAUCCCAGAACCCGACAAACCCUUUUCUCCAAAAUGCAUUGAGUUUCUUGCUCUCUAAUUUCUCGCCAAACAACAAAAACUCCUCUCCCAUGUGGGGUUCUCUUUCUCUUUCCGAUAACCCACCUCCGGUUACUGAAUCCAAGACCGGAAUGUCGUUUCCGUCAAUUCUGAAACAGUCGCAGCGACUUCUUGGAGUUGGGUUGCGGAAAAAGGCCGUAUUGGGGUUAAAGAACAUCGAUGUCUACGCUUUCGGUGUUUAUGCCGAUGACAGUGAUAUAAAGAAAUUUCUGAGUGAGAAAUAUGGAACAAUAUCAGUUUCUGAAUUGAAGGAAAACAAAGAGUUCAAUAAAGAUCUUAUGGAAAGUGAUAUCUGCAUGACUGUCAGGCUUCAAAUAGUUUAUGGCAGAUUAAGCAUUCGGUCUGUACGAAGUGCUUUCGAAGAAUCAGUAGGCAGCAGACUACAAAAGUUCGGGGGAUCCGAUAAUAAAGAAUUGUUACAAAGGUAA